GUCGUGCUUUCCUAUUCAUGAACAUAAUGGGAGCUGGAGUCUUAGAGCUCUUACUUUUAGUGGUCCUCGGAUGCCUGGAGGUGCAGAGCUUUCCGCGCCUACUGGACCCACAGUGUAUGACGGCCAGAGGCGAAACAGGUCGCUAUCGAAUCAUUAACGGCAAAGCUGCAGAUCUUUUUUCGAAUCCCUGGAUGGUGAUAAUCAUCGAGCGCGGGAUGAUGCGGUGCGGAGGAUCACUGAUCACACCACGUUUUGUUCUGACUGCUGCGCAUUGUAGAAGCGAAACGAAACGGAAAUUGACAGUGCGCCUGGGCGAGUAUGACGUGAAUCAGGCCUUCGAUUGCUCCAGACUAGGUUGCAUUCCACGACCGAAGGAAAUCAAUGUGACUAAUGCCUUUGUGUAUAGGAACUUCGUUAAUUUCCAUAGAAAUGAUAUAGCUCUCUUCAAAUUGGAAACGGCAGUACAGUACGGAGAUUACAUCAGACCGAUCUGCCUGUUUGUCGGAGAUGCACCUCGGACCGCGGAGCUGCUCAAGAAUAUAAGGCACUUCAACAGCACUGGCUGGGGUCGCACGCAGCAGCGUACCAAUAGUCCCAUCCUUCAGCAGAUAACCCUGACGCACUACGACCUCAGCUACUGCUCCAGUUUCUUCGGCAGGUUGAUGGAUAACUCUAAAAUUUGUGUGGGCAGCGCCACAAGUUCAACGUGCAAUGGCGAUUCGGGAGGUCCGCUAACUGCGAGGCUUCAGUUUGGCAAGGAUAAGCUGGUCGUCCUCUUCGGGGUGGUUAGUUACGGAGCCGCACACUGCCACGGGCCCACUAUCUACACGAGCGUUGUUCCCUAUGCCGAUUGGAUCGAGUCGGUCGUUAGAAACCACUAAUAUAUAAACUUUCAACCUAAUAAAUAUGAGUCAUGAAGUA